GUCUCAUGUGCUGGGGGAAGAACUCAAGAGCAGAAUAAAAGGCCGGUGGCCAGAACGCUACCAUCCAUCCACAUCUCAAGGUGUCUACAGAGUCUGUGCUGCGUGUCAGCCCGCUCCUGAUCAUCUACCAGCCAAGAUGUCCUGCCAGCAGAGCCAGCAGCAGUGCCAGCCCCCUCCCAAGUGUGCCCCCAAGUGCCCUCCCAAGUGCCAGACACCAAAGUGUCCUCCAAAGUGUCCUCCUAAGUGCCCUCCUAAGUGCCCCCCUGUGUCAUCCUGCUGCAGCCUGGGGUCUGGUGGCUGCUGCAGCCUGGGCUCUGGUGGCUGCUGCAGCCUGGGGUCUGGUGGCUGCUGCAGCCUAGGGUCUGGUGGCUGCUGUGGCUCCAGCUCCGGAGGUUGCUGCAGCUCUGGGGGUGGCGGCUGCUGCCUGAGCCACCACAGGCCCCGCAGAUCUCUUCGUCGCCAUCGUCACAGCUCUGGAUCCUGUAGCAGCGGUGGCAGCAGUGGCUGCUGUGGUGGCAGCAGCGGGGGCAGCAGUGGCUGCUGUGGCAGCAGCGGGGGCAGCAGCGGCUGCUGUGGUGGCAGCAGCGGGGGCAGCAGCGGCUGCUGUGGCAGCAGUGGUGGUAGCAGCCAGCAGUCUGGGGACUGCUGCUAACUUGGUCCAUGAAGACACUAGAAUUGCUGUGUAGGAGGAAGCCGUGUUCAGAAGACCUAGCCCCACCUGCUGUCCUGCCCUUGUCCUCCUGUCCUCUAUGUCCCGAUCUCUACAGCACGGAAGUCUAACUGCGGAGGUUCUAAACUUGUUUCUAUAGUGCUAACUCCCUUCUGUGUUUCAGAGGAAUAAAGCCUUCCCCCAUGAUCCUCA